UGUUGUGCACGUUCAAGUUGGCCUACAUCUUCUACAACCAGAACCUUCACGAGGAGGCCAGCUCUGUCUGCGAGCUCUUCUGCAAGAGGCUGCAGACAGCAGAUGCCUACGCCUGUCCAGAGAUCCCCCCGGAGAGGCUGCACAAAUGCUUCAGGCUGCAGGUGGAAAGCUACCGCAAGCUGGGGCAGCUGGAGAGAGCCCUGGCGUGUGUGGUGCAGUGGCUGGGAGGGGCGGCCGGCCGCGCCCCCGGGGUCCGGGAGCUGCUGGCAGAGCCCGUCUCCCUCUGGGUCAGAGUCAAAAUGGAUGCUGCGAAACAGGGGGCUGAGGAGUUACGGUUACGGACCCUGAAGGAAGGCUUGGAGGGGCACAGCCUGGACAUGGACACCGUGGUGACUGUCCUCUUUGCCGAGUUGAAGGCCUACAAGACCAUCCGAGCCGACACGGGGCAGGAACGCUACAACGUCCUCUGUGACCUGCUGGAGAUCUGCUCGGAGGAGAGCGGCCGCCUGCAUGAGCGAGCUAUCGGCUUGACGGAGCUGGCCCAGGUCUUGUGCUACCACAGCUAUGCCCAGCAGACGGACUGCUCCUCCCUGGACUCGGUCCGUGAAGCCUUGCGGCUGCUGGAGUUGGUGCCCAGGAGCGCCCAGAACCGGGACCAGCUCCUCGAUGACCAGGCGCAGGCUCUGCUCUGGCUCUACAUCUGCACCCUGGAGUCCAAGCUGGAGAAGAGCAUAGAGAGGGACCAGAGAGCCAAAGCUCAGGGGCUGAAGAACCUGGAUGACUUUGAGCCCAACGACCUCAACUACGAAGGCAGGCUGCUGGAGGACAGGUUCCUGUACGAUGGCAUCUCCUUCAACCUGGCCACAGAGACCGGUGAGGGUGCUGGCGGGGUGUCUCAGACCCGUGGUGCGUCCUCAGCUCUGGCCAAAAGCCUGGAUGACGCCUUCGCCUUGUGGAAGCAGCUCCUGGCGAUGCCGGGCGUCCCAGCUGUGCGCAGCCCUGAGCAGACUGUAGCCUCCCUGCACCUCCUGGCAGCUCUCUACAAGCUGAUGGCCAAGCCCUUGCAAGCCAUGGAGAGCUACCUCCUGGUCAGAGCCCUGUGCAGCGCGCUCGGGGACAGCCUGGGCAUGGCCGGAGCCCUGUGCCAGGUCACCAAGCUGCUUUUCCAGCUGGAGUGCCCCAGCUAUGCCCAGCUUUUCCUGGAGGAGACGGAGUCCUGCCUGCAGAAAGCCGACAGCAGCAACGAUUCCUACCUGCUGCUGCAGCAAACCUGCCUCCUGCUCCGCAGCCAGCUGUGCUGCGUCAACCACCGGAUUGAAGAGGGUCUCACCCUGUUGCUGGGGGUGCUCCAGAACCCGGCUCUACAAAAAAUCACCAAGGUCUGGUACCUGCUGCGAGCCCACGUCCUUCAGCUGGCGGCCGUCUCCCUGAGCCUCCCCCCUGCCCGCCUCUCGCCAGAGCUCCAGCAGUGGAUCUUUGUGCACGGGUGGAAGACACCCGAGACUGCUCUCGCCGAAGCCCACAAGCUCUUCCGCAGCAUCAUCCUCCUGCUGAUGGGCAGCGACGUGCUGGGCUGUCAGACGACGUCCGACGUCCAGUUUGUGGAUUACGGUGACAACGUGCUGCUGAAGUGGCAAGUGCUGGCUGACAUGCUGGCCUGCUCGGAGCACCUCGUGGCUCUCCUCAGCAGGUUGGAGGUGGUGUGUAAAGCCAAAGCCUUCUGCUUGGAGGCUGUCAAGCUGGCCAUGAAACUGCAAGCCAUCCGGUGGUGCACUUCUUUCCUGGUGCUGAAGGCCCAGCUGGAGCUGCAGCAGAGAGAGCUGGAGCUGAGCCACUUCGACCUGCAGCAGGCUCUCUUCCUCCUGGAGUCCGACACCGAGUUUGAAGACAGCAAGAAGCAGAAAGACCAGAUGAAGAUCCUGCCCAGGAAGGGCAAAUGUGAGGGCAAGAAGCCGCGGAAUCCCACUUCUGAGUCCGCUGGGGAAGAAGAGGGUUUCCUGAAGGGCCCUGCGCUGGAGUUCAUGGCCACGGUGAGCAGGCUGGAGAAGGCGGAUGCUCUCACUGCCUCACCAGAGCUGAAGCCCGAGAGAAAGAAGAGACUGGCCUUCCUCGCCCACCCGGCAGCUUGCCCGUGCUGCCUCUGCUCCGACCUGGCCCACUCGGCUCUCUGCCUGCGCUGGUUCCUCUCCUGUGCCCAGGGCGAGCUGGUAGCGGGCAACACGGCGGAGGGGCUGGGUUUGAUCCGUGCCGUGCUGCCGC